AUGUCUCACAAUACCAACACCAACGCCAGCACCAAUGCCAACGCCAAAACCAACAACCCCCCAGUCGACCCAGCUGGUCCCCCUUCUGGUGGAACUACCAACCCCAGCCACGCCGGCGCCAACACCUGUCAACCUGUCGGUUGGAAUGACCCAACAGCAGGGCCUUACCAGUGCUAUGGAGGGAUGGACUGGCCGAAUCUAUCCCACCCCCACGCACCACAUGCCAUGCCGCAGUACCCUCCUCCAGGAUAUCUCACUCAAUAUGCACUGAACCCUUACCCACCCACCUCUGGCCCAAACGAUGCCCCGCAUGGACCAUACCACCCUCCGCCCCCCAUUGCUGGCCCAUCUCGCCAACCCGCGAUCGACCCAGCUCUCUUACCCCUCCCUGAGGAUGACAAUGACGACUUUCCACCUGCUCACAAGCUGCUCCCGAAGAUUGCAAAACCUGCCUCGAAGGUGGCCGGCAGCCGCUGCCCUGCUCCCUCAAAGGGCAAGGGUAAACAGAAAGCCGACACCCCAGCGACUGUCAGCAAGUGGAAGGCAGCUGGUCAUGCUGACAACGAACUGGCUGCCAAACAUGUUAAACGUGGUGGCCGUAUUGCUGGGGCUGUCAACUACAAUGACGAUGACAUCGACCAAUUGCUUGACCUUCUUGAAGACCACCUCCCCACCGGUGGAUAUGGGUGGAACACCGUUGGCGCUGCGUACAAUGAGUGGGCAAACAGCUGUGGACGGCCCGAGAGGACGGUUAAGUCCUUAGAGCUGAAAUACAAACAGUAUGUUCAUGCCACAAAGCCAACAGGAGAUGCAGAAUGCCCACCCUACGUCGAGCACUCUCAUUACAUUGAGAGUCUCAUCAACAGCAGGGCCGAGACUUCUGGAUCUGAGGACGAGGAUGAGGACCACGAGACCGACAAAGAAGAUGCCGACCCACCGCGCAAGGACUCUACCAACACCCAACGGCAGCGUGCAACCAAGUCGAAGAUCAAGAAGGACACUGAAGAGCGUGGGCCCAUGGCUCGCCGCCCCCCAGCUGACAAGAUUCUUCAGCCUCGUGCUCGGAAUUCAUCCCGGAACGAUGCACAGCAGCUACUGUCCUCAAUCUCUACUGCUCUUGAUCCCGCAACUCAGGCUGCCCGCGACGAGGAUCGGGCUUCGCGUUCAUUGCACACGACUCAGCUGCUCACAAUGGGCCAACAACUCCGCGAUGCACAUGCCACAAUUGAAAGCCUAUGCACCCAGCUCCAGCAGGCCGAACGAGCAAGAUAUGAAGCGGAACGUCAGGCGGAUCAUAUCGAGUUGAUGUCCCUCUUUCGCUGCAGUAACAACAAUGCAGAUCGUGAUCGCCAUCCCUACCAAGCUGCUACCCGCCAGUUCACUCAACAUGAGCUUGAAAGCCCAUCAGCUUCUCGUCGCCGUCGAGAGCACCAUCUCCUCAGGACUCCACAUCGCACCUCUCGCCGCUCGCCACACUUCAGCAAUCGUCGUGAUACACCCCGGUAUACUAGUCCCAGCCAUCGUGUUCGCCUUGAAACUCUUUAUCCUGAUGGUGGGCGUCAUGUCACUUGGGCCGGGGGGAGUGAUGAUGAUGACCCCACAGAUCCCCUCACCACACUUUAUCGCAACACUUCCCCUGCUGUUCGGUUUACCAUUGACAACACCCCAACCCGUGCUCCUCGGGCCCCUCCUUCUGAUGAAGAGGGUCUUCCUCGUGAUGACACCAACACUGAUGCUUAG